CGUCCGGUUUGGAGGAGGGUGGGGUUUAGUGCUUCUCUUUCCUCACCAACUCCCGAGCCGUACACUCCGCCUUUCUGCCCACGGGGCCGAGCUUCCUUUCCCGGAUUCAAUGAUUAAGAUACACUCCCUGUAUCAAUUAGAUAAAGUUUUAAGGGCUUUUAUAAAAAGUUUAGAACACAAGAACUGCUGUGAACCCGGAUACAGUCAUGACAUCUGAGACGUUCGUGCCACGUACAUGGAGCGCACGGCUCCAACAGCUGCCUGGACAUAAACCUCCGAGCUCCGACAACAAAGAGGAAAUGUGACUCGUCAGCGCAACAGUUAGUCUGAGUCACGCAGUUUUAGCUACGGGGGAUUAAUAACUUCUGUCUGUGUCUGACGUGUGUUUUCACCGUCGCGUUGACUCACGGACAGACGCAUUCAAGCUCAUCUACCGGGACAUCUGUCUCCGAGUCUGCUGAACACUGCAACUGCCGUUGUGAGGAGCGGGGCCGCGGCCGGGGUUCUCCGGCCCCUUUCAGGUGAAAGGCGUGGUUCUGGGAGGGAGCGCUUUGUUCAGCCUACACCUGACUGAGAGAUUCAGUUACCCGAGCGGUCCGGGUUGAGCUGAUAGCUGCUGUUAGCUUAUUAAAAUUCUAAUAAAUGGAUCAGUUUAAAAAGCAAAUCUAGGGUCACUCGGACUCUGUGAACCGUAAUGACUUAUAGCACGUAUUUGAGUCUUGACCCCUCGGACCGACUAGAGGAAACUGGGUCAGACUAGUUUUAGUGCUUAUCUGUUCAUUUUAACUGGGAGGUCAUGGCGCUGUCUCAGAUCCAGUGCCUGGAUGAUCACCAUAUCAACUGGCGCAUUAGCGAGAGCAAGCCGGAGUUUUUCUACAGCGAGGACCAACGACUGGCCCUCGAAGCUCUCAUCACCAAGGGCCGCGAUGCGUUCACGGACUACAUCCAGAAACACGAAGUCCGGGAGUUCCUCUCGGAAGGAGAGCUGGAGCGUGUCACGCGCACCGCGGAGGCGUACCGACCCGGGUACGAACACCACCAGAGGCCAGAGACGCCAGGGCCGGGGAAUUUGACUCCAGGGUCCGGGGAAGAAGCAGAAGACGGGGAGGUGUCUCUCGCAUAUUGGCCAGACCGGUCCGAAGCCUCGGUGGCGGAGUUGGACCUUGGCUGGCCUGAAGCCAUCUCAUACCGAGGGGUCACACGCGUGACCGUGUACACGCAGCCUCCCACUGAGGGUCACACGCACAUCAAGGAGGUGGUUCGCAAGAGCAUUGCAUCAGCCCAGAAGGUGAUAGCUGUGGUGAUGGACGUGUUUACAGAUGUGGAUAUCUUUCGAGACCUUCUGGAUGCGUCGUAUAAGCGUAAAAUCCCUGUGUACAUCAUUCUGGAUAUUGCUGCAGUGCCCUGCUUUCUUUCCAUGUGUGGCAGAGCUGAUAUGCACCGGGGGCACCUAAAGAAUCUGCGAGUACGCUGCUGUGGAGGCUUGGAAUUCUUCACACGAUCGGCACAGAAGGUGCAUGGUUCCUUGAACGAGAAGUUUCUCCUUGUAGAUGGAGACAGAGCCAUCUCCGGCUCAUACAGUUUCACCUGGUCCUCAUCCCGUCUGGACCGGAACCUCAUCACCGUCAUCACAGGGCAGGCAGUGGAGACCUUCGAUUUGCAGUUCCGGGAUCUCUACCUCAUAUCCCGGGGAGUGUCCCUGAGCAAGGUUUCCUUGAAGGACGAGCCAAUCCCUGACCCACUCCCUCAGGCGGUACCGGCUCCUGUCCCGGCUUCUGUCGCAAGGAAACUCAUCAAUCCCAAAUAUGCUUUGGUUGCAGCGGGAAAUCACACCAGUCCCACCUCCUCUGACCAGAACUCAAGUAAAAAAGAAUCAAACUCCCAGAAUCUUGCUGGGCUGAAGGUGAUGAAAGGACGUCUUAAAGAAGUUAUGGAAGAGGCGCCGUUACAUCCGGGCUUAGUCAAUCUGGAGAAAGCCAACUUAAUCCCCUAUCUUCCCACCUGGCCAGAGCCAGACCCCCCCAGUGACGUGAUCGGCUUCAUCAAUAUUAGAGAUGAAAAGAGGGCGCAUCAGGUUCACUUACAGAGGUCAGAAAGGUUCGAGGUUAGUCAGGCUAUACGCUUCAGUGCACCACUGACUCAACUAGUGGCAGCUGAGGAAUCCACCUCAAAUCAGGACAAAAAAGAGCUAAAAACGGAAAAACAUAGCAAUCCUAAAGGUCCUACUGCUGUAGUUUCAGCAGAAAACAAGCAAACAGAAUCUCCAGAUUCCCCUCAGCAACCAACCACAACUCCACAACAUAAACCACAACUGCCAAAGUCUCCAACCCAAGCCAAAGUUUCUGCUGAUUCACAGCCUACACACAGCGCUGAAAAAUCUCUAGCUAUGGCACAUGCAGGACCUCCUGUCCCCAAACGCCGCACGCUGCAGUUAGUCAUAGACCCCACUUCAGCAGAGCACCCUGGUGAAGCUCAGGUCACGCUGAUGAAAAUGGAUCAGGUUGAUAAUCUGCAUACAGAGCGCACUCACAAGGAGCUUGUGCCCAACCGCAGCCAGUUAGCUUCAAAGAACGAUGGCAGAGACUCGGGCAGCAAUGAAGAGGGGAGCCAAGACAGCACUAAGGUCAUAUGUGACCAAGCAGUCAACGAAGACCCCUCAAGUGCAUCGACGGCAUCAGAGGAGGAGUUCUAUGACUGUCCUCAACAGGAGGCCAGUGACCUGCUGAUCAACGGCGGUCAGACUGGAUCUGGCAGAGGGCCGUCCCACGGAGACGGACUCAACAUGAUGGCUCGCUUCUCUCAGAGCAUGCUGGACCUGCGGGAACCCCACCAAUCAGAGGGAGGCGCUUCCCUCAUUCGUCAGUCCCAGCAACUACCCAGACUGCAACAUGCUUCCCCACACCGUCACCUUGGACAGACCUCAAGGUCUCCAGCUCGUGAUGCGAGGAUCAGGGGACCCAAAGUUAUCCUUGCAAAACCAGGAAGUUUCCACCGCCCUCCCCGGACCGCUGGGCUCGUGAUCGGAGGACACCGUUACUGGCAGGGGCAGUUGGUGCCGCCCGACUUGGGCCAGCUGCAGGUAGAGCCCCGCUCUGGGAGGUCGCCACGGAGACGCAGCCCCGGAUACAGGAAGACAUCGCCUCAGCCAACAGCCGACCAAAUGGGGUUGUUUGGAGUGUCUCUGUCAAAACUCAGCUCCUUUAGAAAUUUGAAAGGGCGAGCAGGAACCUCUCAGAAAAAAGCGUCUCAGACUAAUAAAGCUGCUAGGUAGAGCAGUGGCUCAGAACAGACCAGAGUUUGCUGACAAAACUUCCAGUUUAGAAACUCGAAACUUCAGGCUGGACUCGUCGCUGUCAUCUCCAUUUUAAGACCUACAACACAGUCUAGGCCUGUCGCGAUAAACAAAUCAAUUAAUUGCACGAUAAAUUAAAAUGAGCUCGAUAAUAAAAUGAGGACAGUACUAUUGCUCGUUUGUUUUCGUCGUCUCUCUCUUUCGACCUGAGACUGGAUGAUAGAAAGCUCAAUUCUGGUGCCUCGAGUUACUCCUCCCCUCCCGUUUCCUUGGUAACGGCUAAACACACAGGGAGCUAAAAGCCUCAGUCUUCCUCCAUUCAGGCUGAAUCCAACACAAGGGACAGAUAGUGAAAAUGACAGUUUUCAACUUUCUUGUGUAGCGCUGCUAGCCUGCGUGUGCACCUCUGCGUGUGCGAGCUAGAAAUUUCACAUGAAUGAAUUGUGCUGUUCGCUCAUCGGGAUAAGUACAAGCAUCUGUCGCCUCGCUGCACAAACUCCAUAGAAAUAAAUGGAGAGGGAGCAGCGAUAUCUCCAGUCGUCACUGUGUGACCAUUACCUCAGUUACCUGCCGGGCUCCUGGUCUCCUACCACAGAGCGUAGCAGAAAGCCCAGUGAGGAGGAGCGAGCUGGGAAAACGCUGGUUUAAUAGCUGAACGUGACAGCUGCAGUCUGAGAGCGCUUCGGAUUCAAACUGGAUGACCGUGGAGAACCACUGAACCUGUGGAGCCGCUUCAUACUCCUCUCUUCCCUGCCAUCAAUUGGAGGAUCUGAAUGUGAACAGUGCCUAAUGCAGACCCCUUCCACUCCCCUCACAUUUUUUUAUAUUUGAAAGGUCUUGCAGUUCCAGUGUUAAAUGGUCUUUUGAAAUGAGUUUGACCCCUUAGAGGGUAUAUUUGCAUUGUUGGACAAUUUUUAUGCUAUUGGUUAACAAUCGUCUCAAAAUGACAAUAUUAUAGUUUAUCACAAUAAUUUCUGAAACAAUCAUCUAGCAAAAUUUGUUAUUGUGACAGGCCUACGCACAAGAACUAUCUAUGGUAAGAAUACAUCUCUGUGAGGAAGAAUAUUGGGUAGUGACAAAUCAGUUCAUAUUUGUGUCAACAGAAAUGCAAAUGUACCACAGAUAAUUUGUGUUGACCAAAAGACUGAAAUGUUUUCUCCAUGUAGUACUACAUCCAGUGAGCUCCAGCAUUCUUCUCUGCCUAACCAGGCACUUCAGUUCCCCCCAUAGCAUGUUGAGCUUGGACUUAUCUCAGUUGCUUUUCUUUUCCCUUAUGUUUGUUCAUAUCAAACAUGAACAGAUGAAAUGUGUCUACUUCUGGAAACAAAUCAGCCUUUAGCACUGACAGCACUAUGCUUGGUUACACAAGGUUAUGUUGAUUACUUUUACAUAUUUGACAAAGGUUGUUGAUAACCUGUGUAGAUGUAGAUGUAAUGUCAAGUACUGUUACGGGACCAAAAAUUAAUGUUUUAAAUAAAAGGAGAGACUGUUG